UGGGACUACAGGUUCUGAUCUGCUUCCAGUACAGCAGUGAUCGCCAAUCUUGGCUUCCUCGCAGGAAGCUGAACAGAAGUUCUAGGGUGUUUUGAGUGCUGUAUUAAAUGCCUGGGAGGCAUUCCUUAUGCCUCUCUGAUUGCCACCAUCCUGCUCUACGCUGGAGUUGCCCUAUUCUGCGGCUGUGGUCAUGAAGCUCUUUCUGGAACUGUUAACAUCCUGCAAACCUACUUUGAGAUGGCCAGAACUGCGGGAGAUACGCUGGACGUCUUUACCAUGAUUGACAUCUUCAAGUAUGUGAUCUAUGGCAUUGCAGCUGCAUUCUUUGUGUACGGCAUUCUGCUGAUGGUGGAAGGUUUCUUCACGACUGGGGCCAUCAAGGAUCUCUAUGGGGAUUUCAAAAUCACCACGUGUGGCAGAUGCGUGAGUGCGUGGUUUAUUAUGCUGACAUACCUUUUCAUGCUGGCCUGGCUGGGAGUCACGGCUUUCACCUCACUGCCAGUUUACAUGUACUUCAACCUGUGGACCAUCUGCCGAAACACCACCUUAGUGGAGGGAGCGAAUCUCUGCCUGGACCUUCGUCAGUUUGGGAUUGUGACAAUUGGAGAGGAAAAGAAAAUUUGCACUGUCUCGGAGAAUUUCCUGAGGAUGUGUGAAUCCACUGAGCUGAACAUGACCUUCCACUUGUUCAUCGUGGCCCUUGCCGGAGCUGGGGCUGCAGUCAUCGCUAUGGUCCACUACCUUAUGGUUCUGUCUGCCAACUGGGCUUAUGUGAAAGAUGCCUGCCGGAUGCAGAAGUAUGAGGACAUCAAGUCGAAGGAGGAACAGGAACUUCAUGAUAUCCACUCUACUCGCUCCAAAGAGCGGCUCAACGCAUACACAUAAACAGCGCCUUCCCGUCCUUUCCACCAUUCAAAUGCAUUGGUGAUUAUCUAAGGGCCAUCCAACCAUCCAACCUUUUGAAAAAGAAAAUGAAAGUGCUUCUCAUCAAUGAUAUGGAGGGUGACUUAUGAAUCACCUGAAUACAGUUCUUUGUUGUUUAGCACUUAAUUUCCUAAUUUGUUAAAUUGGUGUAAUCAGAGCUCUCCUACAAGCUCCUAUCCAGCCUUUUUUUUUCUUUUUUAAAUUUCUCAAACUCAUUUAAUAAUUCUGUAAGAUCAAAGAGACUAACAUUGUCAAAUGCAGAGAUUUCUUUGAUUUUUAACCACUUCCAUGUGUUAUACAUUAUACCUUUUGCAUUAUUUCUUAUGUUUUGAAAAGAAAAAUAGCUUUUUAUACUUUUUAGUUUUGAUUUCGGUAACUAGUUUAACUACAGGUAACCUUCAAAGGGACCAUUGUACAUUAUGAACGAUAGACAGAGAUGAUAUCAUGAUGACCCGAAACAUGCAAAUCUUGUCUGAAGAUCAGUGGCCACGUUGCUGUAGGCCCUGGUUAACGUUUUCAUCAAUCUAAGGUGCAAUUUCUAAAUUUGUAAGAGUAGGUUUAAAAAAAAAAGUGCUUCUUAUCUUUGUUAACAUUGUAUUUUUUCUUGAUGUACUUAAAAGGCAUUACUCUCUGAUGACUCAUGUUUCUGUCGUGAGCAUGUAGAAACAAUGAUGCUUAUGCAUGGCUACUUACCUUUUUAAGAUUGUGACACCAGGCUUACCUUUUAAAGUUUAGUAUAGAGACUGUUUUAACGGAAAUAACUACUGUGGACUAUUGGCAAAUGAUCUCUUUGUGAUUUAAGCAGUGGCUGGAUUGGAACUUUUAAUAUGUUAAUGUGGGACAUUAAUUACCUUUAUGAAGGUGGUGUAUUAAAAAUAAGCACACUAACCCCUCUGAAGUUGUUUUACCUACUUUAAAAAAUUUUAAUGGAUUGCACCUCUGUAAACUAUCCCUCAAAUUGUGUAUGAUAUAUUUGAAAAGGUUUCCAUUAAUACAAUAGCUUUGCUUGCAGCCUCCCAAUCUAUGUCGGUUUACCUGUAGUGUUUUUUAAAGUGUGGUCAGAGGCCACUCUACAAUGUAUCCUUUUGAAGUGUAGUGAUAUAUUUGUGUUUUUAUUUCCAGUAAGUCAUUUUAACCAAAUGUUCAUUCGUAUUCAUUUAUAAGACGUACCUAUAUCAAAAGAAUAAAAAAAAAGCAAUCAGUAUUAUUGGACCAAAUUUGGUGUUUGUUUUAACCUUAACUCUUCUUUCGGUUAUUUCUAAUGCUACAAGAAUGCUGUAAAGUGUCUUUUAAAAUGAUAUAGCCUGACGAGACUUUGCUGUCAGUGUAAAAACUAGGUAGUAUUGUGCACUGAUUUGACCAUUGUGAAAUCUUUUCUCAGUGUAAGUGCAUUUCUAAUAAAAUUUAUUGAGUGAAACAA